AGGAGGGGCGGGAGCGCGGCGGCGAUUUUGUGCCAGGGCUUCCCAGAGGCGCGCUGGAGAGGCCGGCGGGGCCCCGGAAGCCGGGCGCCUGGGGACACCCCUCGGGACCUCCCGCCUCGGGCCGGGGACGAGGGCUGAGGCGGGCGUGAGGGCCGCGGAGGGAUGGUUGGCUCCCGGGGGGAAGGGGCGAGCCCUGCGUGCGGGUGGUGAGGGGAGCUCCGCGGGUCCGAGCGGCGCCGUGCCCACCGGAGAGUGGAACGCGUGCCGCGGGACGCGGAGGGCCAGCCCGGCGGCUCCGGGCAGCUGGGACGCGGGCUUGCCUUUUGGCUUUCGCCGGGGUUGAUUCAUUGGGGCAGUAUCGGCGGUCCGCAUCCUCCAGGAGCUGGGAAACCUUGACGGGCUUUUUGUCUCGCUGCUCCAGCCCCUCGCCCUGCCUCCUCCUCCAGAUGCCUUUUCUCUGCCCCUUCCUUGCCCGGUACAGACGUUUCCAACGCGAGCUGCUGCUCGUGGGGCUGUGGAAGCCACUUCACGGGAUUUCGGCUCCUGUCCCUCGGGGGUUUUUGAGGAGGGAGAGUCCCCCCCUUCUCCUCCUCUAUGGGAUUUUCCUCUCUAGCCGAAAUGGACUUUAAUUGAUUUCUUCUUCAAUGUUGAGUGACUAAUUCCCUAGGCGUUUUUUUGUGGUAGUUCCUUUUUUUUCUUUACCCCCCAAACACAUUAUCUGUAAAAUGGAGAACGAAAUUUUUACUCCUCUCUUGGAGCAGUUCAUGACCAGCCCCCUGGUCACUUGGGUUAAAACGUUUGGACCUCUGGCUGCAGGAAAUGGGACCAACCUGGAUGAAUAUGUGGCAUUGGUAGAUGGAGUAUUCUUGAACCAGGUCAUGCUCCAAAUUAACCCUAAAUCGGAGAACCAGAGAGUAAAUAAAAAAGUCAACAAUGAUGCUUCACUUAGAAUUCAUAAUCUAUCCAUUUUGGUGAGACAGAUAAAAUUUUAUUACCAGGAGACUUUGCAGCAGUUGAUUAUGAUGUCAUUGCCAAAUGUCUUAAUCAUUGGCAAAAAUCCUUUUUCUGAACAAGGCACAGAAGAAGUUAAAAAACUGCUUUUACUGUUACUGGGUUGUGCAGUUCAGUGUCAGAAAAAAGAAGAAUUUAUAGAAAGAAUUCAAGGAUUAGAUUUUGAUACAAAAGCAGCAGUUGCCGCGCAUAUUCAAGAGGUAACCCAUAAUCAAGAAAAUGUAUUUGAUCUGCAAUGGAUGGAAGUGACAGAUAUGCCUCAGGAGGAUGUAGAACCCCUCUUGAAAAAUAUGGCAUUGCAUUUAAAAAGACUUAUCGAUGAGAGAGAUGAACAUUCAGAGACUAUUGUAGAGCUCUCUGAAGAGCGAGAUGGUCUUCAUUUUCUACCCCACGCUUCUUCAUCUGCACAAUCACCCUGUGGUUCUCCAGGCAUGAAGCGAACAGAAAGUCGACAGCAUCUGUCAGUGGAACUGGCAGAUGCUAAGGCCAAGAUAAGACGUCUUAGGCAGGAACUGGAGGAAAAGACUGAACAGUUAUUGGACUGUAAACAAGAACUUGAACAGAUGGAGAUAGAACUAAAAAGGCUGCAACAAGAGAACAUGAAUUUGCUUUCGGAUGCUCGUUCUGCUAGAAUGUACCGAGAUGAAUUAGAUGCACUUCGAGAGAAGGCCAUCAGAGUUGAUAAACUUGAAAGUGAAGUCAGCAGAUAUAAAGAAAGACUGCAUGAUAUUGAAUUUUAUAAAGCAAGAGUUGAGGAAUUAAAAGAAGACAAUCAAGUUUUAUUAGAAACAAAAACCAUGUUGGAAGACCAACUUGAAGGAACUCGCGCUCGUUCUGAUAAAUUACAUGAGUUGGAAAAAGAGAAUUUACAGCUAAAGGCUAAACUGCAUGAUAUGGAAAUGGAACGAGAUAUGGAUAGAAAAAAGAUUGAAGAGUUAAUGGAAGAAAAUAUGACUUUGGAAAUGGCACAGAAACAAAGUAUGGAUGAAUCAUUACAUCUUGGCUGGGAACUGGAACAGAUAUCAAGAACUAGUGAACUUUCUGAAGCACCACAGAAAUCCUUGGGCCAUGAGGUAAAUGAAUUGACAUCAAGUAAGUUAUUGAAGUUGGAGAUGGAGAACCAGAGUUUGACAAAAACCGUAGAAGAGCUUCGGAGUAUAAUGGAUUCUGCAGAAGGCAAUGCUUCCAAAAUCCUAAAACUUGAAAAAGAAAAUCAAAGACUAAGUAAAAAGGUUGAAAUUCUUGAAAAUGAGAUUAUUCAAGAAAAGCAAAGUCUUCAGAAUUGUCAGAAUUUAAGCAAGGAUCUAAUGAAGGAGAAAGCACAGCUUGAAAAAACAAUUGAAACACUUAGAGAAAAUUCAGAGAGACAGAUUAAAAUAAUGGAACAAGAAAAUGAACAUCUAAAUCAGACAGUGUCUUCCUUAAGACAGCGUUCCCAAAUAAGUGCUGAAGCAAGAGUGAAAGACAUUGAAAAAGAAAACAGAAUUCUACAUGAAUCAAUCAAGGAAACAAGUAGCAAGCUAAGCAAGAUUGAAUUUGAAAAAAGACAGAUUAGAAAAGAAUUGGAACAUUAUAAAGAAAAAGGAGAACGAGCAGAAGAACUUGAAAAUGAGUUACAUCAUCUUGAAAAAGAAAAUGAAUUACUACAGAAAAAGAUAACAAAUUUAAAAAUUACUUGUGAAAAAAUAGAAGCCCUCGAACAAGAAAAUUCAGAGCUAGAAAGAGAAAAUAGAAAAUUGAAAAAAACAUUGGAUAGCUUUAAAAACCUUACAUUUCAGUUAGAAUCACUAGAAAAAGAGAAUUCUCAACUUGAUGAGGAAAACUUAGAACUACGAAGGAAUGUGGAGUCACUGAAGUGUGCAAGCAUGAAAAUGGCUCAACUACAACUAGAAAACAAAGAGCUAGAAAGUGAAAAAGAGCAACUUAAAAAGGGUUUGGAGCUCAUGAAAGCAUCGUUCAAGAAAACAGAGCGCUUGGAAGUUAGCUACCAGGGAUUAGAUACAGAAAAUCAAAGGCUACAGAAAGCUCUGGAAAAUAGCAAUAAAAAAAUCCAGCAAUUAGAGAGUGAACUUCAGGACUUGGAAAUGGAAAAUCAGACAUUGCAAAAAAACCUAGAAGAACUGAAAAUAUCUAGCAAACGACUAGAACAAUUGGAAAAAGAAAAUAAAUCAUUAGAGCAAGAGACAUCACAGCUAGAAAAGGAUAAGAAACAGUUAGAGAAGGAAAAUAAGAGACUUCGACAGCAAGCCGAAAUAAAAGAUACCACAUUAGAAGAAAAUAAUGUGAAGAUUGGAAAUUUGGAAAAAGAAAACAAAACCCUAUUCAAAGAAAUCGGUAUAUAUAAAGAAUCUUGUGUUCGUCUGAAAGAGUUAGAGAAAGAAAAUAAGGAACUUGUGAAAAGAGCAACUAUUGAUAUAAAAACUUUGGUUACAUUACGCGAGGAUUUGGUGAGUGAAAAAUUGAAGACUCAACAAAUGAACAAUGAUCUUGAAAAAUUAACUCAUGAGCUUGAGAAGAUAGGGUUAAAUAAGGAGAGACUCUUACAUGAUGAGCAAAGUACUGAUGACAGUAGGUACAAACUUUUGGAAUCAAAAUUAGAAUCCACUCUCAAGAAAUCCCUUGAAAUAAAAGAAGAAAAAAUUGCUGCUUUAGAAGCUCGAUUAGAAGAAUCCACAAAUUAUAACCAGCAACUGCGCCAAGAACUUAAAACAGUGAAAAAAAACUAUGAAGGCCUGAAACAGAGACAAGAUGAGGAAAGGAUGGUGCAGAGCUCUCCUCCAGUAUCUGGUGAAGACAACAAAUGGGAGAGAGAGAGUCAAGAAACAACUAGAGAGCUUCUGAAAGUUAAAGACAGAUUAAUUGAAGUAGAAAGAAAUAAUGCUACACUACAAGCAGAGAAACAGGCACUGAAAACUCAACUGAAGCAGCUUGAAACCCAGAAUAAUAAUUUGCAGGCACAGAUUCUUGCACUUCAGCGGCAGACAGUGUCAUUACAGGAACAGAAUACCACUCUUCAGACGCAGAAUGCCAAUCUUCAGGUUGAAAAUUCCACUCUUAAUUCACAAAGUACCUCACUUAUGAACCAGAAUGCACAACUCCUAAUUCAACAGUCUUCCUUAGAAAAUGAAAAUGAAUCUAUAAUCAAAGAACGAGAAGAUUUGAAAUCUCUCUAUGAUUCGCUUAUCAAAGAUCAUGAAAAGCUGGAACUUCUUCAUGAAAGGCAGGCUUCAGAAUAUGAGUCUCUCAUCUCUAAACACGGAACUCUUAAGUCCGCCCACAAAAAUCUUGAAGCAGAACAUAAAGACCUUGAAGACCGUUACAAUCAGUUAUUAAAACAGAAAGGACAGUUGGAAGAUCUGGAAAAAAUGCUUAAAGUAGAGCAGGAAAAAAUGCUGCUUAAAAAUAAAAACCAUGAGACGGUAGCUGCAGAGUACAAGAAACUUUGUGGUGAAAAUGAUAGGUUGAAUCAUACAUAUAGUCAGCUUUUAAAAGAGACCGAAGUUUUACAGACUGACCACAAAAACUUGAAAAGUCUCCUAAAUAAUUCUAAACUGGAACAAACACGAUUAGAAGCUGAAUUUUCAAAGCUAAAGGAACAAUACCAACAACUGGAUAUCACAUCCACAAAGCUGAAUAACCAGUGUGAGUUGCUCAGCCAACUUAAAGGGAACUUGGAAGAAGAAAAUCGACAUCUACUAGAUCAAAUUCAGACAUUAAUGCUACAAAACAGAACACUAUUGGAGCAGAAUAUGGAAAGCAAGGAUCUUUUUCAUGUUGAACAAAGACAGUACAUUGAUAAGUUAAAUGAAUUAAGACGACAAAAGGAGAAAUUAGAAGAGAAAAUUAUGGAUCAAUACAAAUUUUAUGACCCAUCUCCACCUAGAAGGAGAGGUAACUGGAUUACUCUCAAAAUGAGAAAACUGAUAAAAUCCAAGAAGGAUGUUAAUCGAGAACGUCAGAAAUCUUUAACACUAACACCUACCCGCUCAGACUCCAGUGAAGGAUUUCUUCAGCUGCCUCACCAAGACAGUCAAGAUAGUUCUUCAGUGGGGUCCAAUUCUUUAGAAGAUGGCCAAACCCUGGGGACCAAGAAAAGCAGCAUGGUUGCACUGAAAAGACUGCCCUUUUUGAGGAACAGACCGAAGGAUAAAGACAAAAUGAAGGCCUGCUACCGUCGUUCUAUGUCCAUGAAUGACCUGGUGCAGUCCAUGGUUCUAGCAGGACAGUGGACAGGUAGUACUGAGAAUUUGGAGGUUCCUGAUGAUAUUCCAACGGGUAAAAGGAGAAGUGAAUUGGGAGCUAUGGCCUUCUCUACUACAGCCAUCAACUUUUCAACUGUCAACUCUUCUGCAGGCUUCAGAACCAAGCAGUUGGUUAAUAAUAAAGAUACUACAUCCUUUGAAGAUAUAAGUCCACAAGGUAUUAGUGAUGAUUCUAGUACGGGAUCAAGAGUUCAUGCUUCAAGACCAGCCAGCCUUGAUAGUGGCAGAACAUCCACUAGCAAUAGUAAUAAUAAUGCUUCACUCCAUGAAGUCAAAGCAGGUGCAGUUAGUAACCAAAGCAGGCCACAAAGCCACAGUAGUGGAGAAUUUAGCCUGCUUCCAGAUUAUGAGGCAUGGUCCAGCAGUGGAAGCAGUCCAAUCCAGUACUUGAAAAGACAGACCAGAUCAAGUCCAGUGCUCCAGCACAAAAUGCCAGAAUCACUAGAAACUCGAACACACCACAAGAUAAAAACUGGUUCACCUGGAAGUGAAGUUGUCACUCUACAACAGUUUUUAGAAGAAAGUAACAAGCUUACCUCAAUACAGUUAAAAUCUUCAAGUCAAGAGAAUCUUUUAGAUGAAGUAAUGAAAAGUUUGUCUGUCUCUUCUGACUUUUUGGGAAAAGACAAGCCAGUUAGCUGUGGUCUGGCCAGGUCAGUAAGUGGAAAAACCCCAGGGGACUUCUGUGAUAGACGGACAAGUAAGCCUGAGUUUGUGAGAGCUGGUUCUCGAAAGACUGAAGAAGCCUACGUCAUUAGUUCUGCAGGAAAACCUACACCAGGCACUCAAGGAAAGAUAAAAUUUGUAAAAGAAACCUCUGUGUCACGACAAUCAAAAGAUAGCAACCCUUAUGCCACUUUACCUCGUGCAAGCAGUGUAAUCUCAACUGCUGAGGGAACUACACGAAGGACAAGCAUCCAUGACUUUUUGACCAAGGACAGUAGACUACCGGUGUGCACUGACUCAUCACAGCCUGCUGCUGAUAGCACCAUCACGGCAGCAUCUAGUGAGUACCCUUUACACCAGUGGUCCUCUCACGUGCUGAGUGGUCUAACCCCGGGUGUAGGUUCUCAGGCCCAAAAGGAUGUAGCUACAGAUGUGCCUGACUCUCUGUAUUCCCAGGGUAGAAACUCGAGAACAGAAAGGUCACAUUGUCUAAAUCAAACUUUUUUAACUACUAAUACGUCUUACAAUGUAUUUGGUAUAUCAUGUAAAGAUAGCAUAGAGUCAUUUACGAUGGUUCACUCAUCUCAGCCUUUCUUAUCCCUGAACACAGAGUUAGUAAGUAACAUAAGUGGGUUACCUCUCAAGCUGACCUCCAGAGAAACAAACCAGGCUUCUGCCUCUUUGGAAGAAGCUGCACAGAACAGUAAUGAACAGUUACCUGACAGGCAGAACCCAAGUAACAGUAACCCACAGUCCUCCGUGGAUAGCAGUGAGCUUAUCACCCCUGCUUGCCUCUAUCCUGAUGACACAGAAGCCACAUUGUUGGUUUCUGAGGAUAAUAAAACUAUUUGGUAUGAAUAUGGUUGUGUAUGAUCAAAACUGCAUAAUAUAUUGAUGUUAUUUGAUACGCAUUACGCUUCUCUAAUCUGUUGAAGAGCUACUGUUGUAAAGUACCAUUUGGCUAGGUUUAUAUUUUAAGCUUGUUACAACAGUCUUCAGCUGUACAUGAUGGCAUGUGUAUAAACAUGAAUGUGUACCCACACCAAAGCCUGCACGAAAUGUUAAUUACUUUGUACAUCUUUUGCAUGCCUUUAAAAACUUCAGUCAUACAUUCUUUUCCUUCAUUUUUUUGUCACUUGAUAAAAGAUUAUUUCUUUGAUAUCCAGAAGCAUGUUAAAAUAGUUGCAUGAUUCAUUACCACGAAGGCAUUUCCAAGUUAUGUUUGCUUUGUUGGUUUUAAAAAGUAUGUUCAUUUCCUCCCAUCCCACUUUUCUGCCCCUCCUUUUCUCUCUUGCUCUUCCUCUUUUUUUUUCCAAGAAUGUGCAUUUCAUGUUGCACAUGUACAGAAGCAAUAAGGAAAAUAUACAAAAAGAUGUCAUUUCCUUUUGUCAUUUAAUUAUGCCAUCUAUCCGUGUUCUAUUUUCAAAGAAAGAGUCAAUAAUUCAGCUUAACACUAUAUUAAAUUUUAACUAAUGCCCAUAAAAAUAAAAUAUAAUCCAGAUCUAAAACAUUGUGAAUAUUUGUAAAUGCAGUGUUAUUUCUAAAAAAAAAAAAAACUCCAUCAAAUUUAAAUGUAAUUUACACAGUGACUAGGAGCAUUGAUAUUAUCUUUCAAGAUGAGUUAAAGAAAAAUAAAGCAUAUGCAACAUAUUGAAAAUUUGUAUUUUUGCUUCUCUUCCAAAAGGGUAAUAAAUUUACAAAGUGAUAUAAAUUAUUACUUGUAUAGUUGUUAAAAUAUAUAUUAUAGUCUUAAUUAUAAAAGUUAAAACAUGAUGCUAACAUUUAAAAUUAGAACUUAUAACAAAUAAAAAAUGUUUUUAGAACAAAGGAUAAUUACAAACUCUAGUUAAAUAGAGUAAACCGUAUUUAUGAACUCCUGACUACUUAAAUUAUCUUAGUUUACAUAAAAUUCUAAGUUUUACAAUAUUAAAAAACCUGUAACCUUGAUUUACUUCUGGAGGAAGAGCAGUGUAUCUUAGCUUUGUCUCUGGAAUGUUUUUGCCAUUUUAAUGUAUCCUAAAUAGUAUGCCAUCUGGAAUGCCUUUAAAAUGUGACCUUAUUCUGUGCUUUUAGGGGGUUGUUUUGUUGUUUUGUUUUGUUUUUAGUCAUGGUACUGAAAAUUGAACCCAGAGCCAUAUUCCCAGUCUCGGCCCUUUUUAUUUUGAGACAGGGUGUUGCUAAGACACUAAAUCACCCAGGCCACACUAGUACUUGCAAUCCCCCCACAUCAUCAGUGCUGGGAUUAUGGCCAUGUGCUACCACACCUGGCUGAAGUGUCACGAAGUAAGGAGAAAUUAUUUUAUGUUGGUUAUUACAUUAAACUUGUUAUUGACAAAAAUAAUGUACAGAGAAUCUUUGUUUAAUGAAAUUUGUUUCAUUUGUGAAAAUAGGUAUUGUACCUACACAGGAUCAGAGACUAGGUCCUUUCUCUAACUUAGUAAUGAAAUUAAUGGCAGAGAUGGCUGAGAUGAGAUGGAGGCCAUAUAUGAUCCAAAUAUAAAAAUUACUGUCAUUUCUUUUCCAGAUUAAGUCAAAGAUCUUUUUUCACAAACAUUGCAAAUUUUCAAAUAUCACACAUCUGGCCAUGGCACUUUACAUUUAAAAUACUAACUUCAUUCAUUCAAAAUACAUUGAAGAUCAUGUGCUAUAAAACUUUAACAAAAUCAAACUUAACAGGAAAGAAUAUUUCCUACAAAUGGCUAUAUAUAUAUUUUUUUCAAAAACAUACAUACUAUAUCCAUGUGUUCUGAGGACUGACAGUGCAGACUCUAGACUUACUUUUAGAAACCAGCACUUGACAUGCAGUCAUAAAACUUUGCCAAAACAAACACUACUAGUGCCUUCCUUAUGUUGCUUUGUAGCACUUGGAAUCAAAUUGUCGGGGGAGGGAUUUGUAACAUACGGAAACAGUGUCUCCUAAAAUUUUUUUAAUCCGCAUAGUAGUUGCUGCAAAUGAAAAUCUAUAUUGAUGACCAACACUUUUUAAAGAUAAAGGUGAAUCAAUUCUGACACAAUUAAGCACAAUUAAGCACUUAAUUUCUCUAAGACACUUCCAUAAAUAUCUAGUUGCACAAAGGAUUGACAGUUAAGGUCAAAUACUGUCAUUUUAUAAACAAUAGGACUGAAUUGCUUUUAUAUUCCCUAUGUUACAUUUCUAGAAAUUGUACCUGUCUGAUUUAUGUGAUACUGUAAACAUAAUGUCAUGGUUUAGGUUCACUUGAAACAAAGCAGUUUUAGCUAUAAUCAAUGUAAUCAGAUAUAUUAACCUGCAAAAUAUGCCUCAGCCCUAAUUUGCUGAUAAAUAUACAUAUUUCAUUCCAGAUAUUUGGAUGCUCCUGCUGUUGAGUGCAAGAUUUUUUACUUUAAAACUUUAUCGUUGGCUAGGCAUGGUGGUACAUGCCUGUAAUCCCAGCACUCAAGAGAGUAAGGCAGGAGGGUCAUUGAGUUCAAGGCGUUCAAGGCUAGCCUGGGCUACAAAGUGAAUUCGGGCAUCCUGAACUGCAUAGCAAAACCCUGUCUCAAACACGCGCACAUACGCAUGCACACAGACACACACACACCCUGUGACCAUUUACUAAAUAAAUGUAGGAAAUAUGUAAGCCCAACACUCAAUGAGAAAAACUGUUACAGCUUUUUUAAAAAUAGCUUUCAUGUUAAUCACUUGUUUAAAAUACAAAAAAUCAGCCUCAAGUAGUAAGAUGUGUGAGAUUAAUACAUUUCCCAUUUAACCCGAUUUUCUUCCCCUACUGAAUGACUGCUCUUUAGUUUAUCUUUUUCUAUUAUUUAUGUUUAACCUUUAAUUAAAUAACAUGAAAUGCUUUUCUCCUGCAGAUGUGGACAAAAUACAAGAAAGCAGAAAUUCAAAAAGCAGGUCUAGGGAGCAACAAAGCUCCUAAUUCUGUUACCCACUACAUGACGUGGGCCAAGUG